CCGCCGCCCCGCGCUGCUCGCCUGGCGGGGCGGCUGCUUCGGGGCCACCCUGUCGGAUCCGCGGGCGGCCAGGGGGGGACAUGGUCCCCUCCGCGGGCCCUUCCUGGCGGCCAUGAAGAGGCAGAACGUGCGGACUCUCUCGCUGAUCAUCUGCACGUUCACUUACCUGCUGGUGGGGGCGGCGGUCUUCGACGCCCUGGAGUCGGAGCACGAGCUGCGCGAGGAGGAGCAGCUGAAAGCGGAGGAGACCCGGCUGAAGGGGAAAUACAACAUCACCAGCGACGAUUACCAGCAACUGGAAGAGAUCAUCAUGCAGUCGGAACCCCAUCGGGCCGGCGUCCAGUGGAAAUUCGCCGGCUCUUUCUACUUUGCCAUUACGGUCAUCACCACCAUUGGUUACGGCCACGCUGCCCCUGGGACGAAUGCAGGGAAGGCCUUCUGCAUGUGCUACGCUGCCCUGGGCAUCCCACUCACCCUUGUCAUGUUCCAGAGCCUUGGCGAACGCAUGAACACCUUUGUCAAGUUCCUCUUGCAACGGAUGAAAAAGUGUUGCCGGAUGAGAAGCACCAACGUCUCCAUGGAGAACAUGGUGGCCGUCGGUUUCUUCUCCUGCAUCGGCACCCUCUGCAUCGGAGCAGCUGCCUUCUCUCAUUGUGAAGAGUGGACCUUCUUCCAGGCCUUCUAUUACUGUUUCAUCACAUUGACUACAAUCGGGUUCGGAGACUACGUGGCCCUUCAGACGAAAGGAGCCCUUCAGAGGAAGCCGCUCUACGUGGCCUUUAGCUUUAUGUACAUCCUGGUGGGAUUAACCGUCAUCGGAGCUUUUCUCAAUCUGGUUGUUCUCAGGUUGUUCAUGAACAUCGAGGAAGAGAGACGGGAGGCCGAGGAGAGGGCCUCCCUGGCGGGAAACCGGAGCAGCAUGGUGGUCCACAUUCAAGAAGACUCUCAACAUGGACGCCCGCGGUACAAGGCCGAGGUGACGGAUCUUCAGUCUGAUUGUUCCUGCAUGUGUUACAGGUCCCACGAAUACACCAGCCGGGUGGUUUCCCACCAAAAUUCCUUCAGCUCCAAGCUGAACCUCCAAUACUUUCACUCCAUCUCCUACAAGAUUGAGGAGAUCUCACCAAGCACAUUAAAAAACAGUCUGUUUCCUUCUCCCAUCAGUUCGAUCUCCCCUGGAUUGCACAGCUUUACGGACCAUCACAGGUUGAUGAGACGACGCAAAUCUAUCUGAAGGCAUUUUCUUUGCAGGGUUUUUGGAGGGUGGGCGGAUGGGUGAUGUUUCUUUCCUAAGAUUAUUAUUUUUUAAAACGAAAACAAUUCCUCGAGUGAACCAGAGUGAGGCUAACAUAAAUCCAGGAGAGAGAGAGAGAGAGAAAACAAAACAACAACUACAUAUUCAAGGGAAGGACACCACUCCCCUGAAACUCAGCUCUGGAGCACGAAGCAUGGACAGACUUUAUUUUCCAGCAAAAAUAAUGCCUUACAAUUAACCUUCCCGCUGCGAUCCGAGAUUUUGAGGCGAUGGGAAGUGGGUAUUUCAAUUCCAAAGUUACGCACCUGUGAGCUUUCUCGUGCCCUUUGGCACUCUUGACCUAAAAAAAAAACAACAAACCACAAAAAUCAAAACCUCUUUUUUCUCCUUCACAAGCAGGUCGUGUUGUGUGUGAACUGGGGGUGUGUAUGCGAGUGUUGAGUGUGUGGGUACGGGUGCACACGCACAAUUCCACUACUAGUGCCAUGCGACUAACAAAAAAGUAUCUAUCGAAGCAUCAGGUAUAUCGAUUUGAUUUUCUAUCUAUUCUUCCUCUGGAGAAAUUGUUUUGUUUUUUUUUCUUCUGGCCUGCUUUCUUUGAUCCCAAAAAGGGGGGAAAUGAAAGGAAGAAAAAUGGAGGAGGUAGGAAAGAGCUGCAGUUUUUUUUCAAUUUCUUUUUCUUUUUCUUUUUUGCCAAGUCAAGCAUGCACCAUCAAUGGUCAAUAUACUGAGCGAACCAUUGUAAGUUCUCUCUGUUUUUUAAAUGCUAGAAAUUUAUUAGAUCGUAUUAACUGUUUUUUUUUUUUAAAUUCUUCUUUAAGAACAAGGCAGGAAAGGAAAAUUACUUUUGCUUGCCGGGUCAAAUCCUUAUGGAAAAUAUAUAAAUAUAUACAUAUAUAUAUUUAAAAAAAAAAUACAAGCAUGCAUUUUGUAAACACGGAUAUGCAUUAUGAACAUACACGAGGAAAACGAUGAUGGAACCAUUGCUCAGAAGGAAAGUAGGGAGUUUUGAAAAUGAUUUUUCUUUUUAAACUUUCCGUUGGUGUGUCAAAUAGCCACCAGGCUUGUCAAGCUCUCGGUGUGUACGUGGGUGUGAUUUAAGAAACGAUUGGUCAGCACGAAUGGGUAUUUUUAUUUAUUUAUUUAUUUAAAGGGGUCUUUCUUAUUUAUUUCGCCUUGGUGUUAAAGACGUCGGGUUCAGUGUGACACUUUCCUCGGUGCGAAUGUCCUGAGUGUGCCUGGCAAGGUGUUUGUGUGUUUGUCGGUGUAUAGUUGUACCUGCGUGCACAGGAAUUCUACCUGGGAAUGCUUGAACAAGAAUGGUACACGGAAGUGGAUGAAUAUUUUUUUUAUUUCCUCACAAAAGAAGACAGGGUAUCCCUUGUUUUUAAUAAAAAUAGAAACUGAUAUUAAUACUAAUACUAGUAGGGGGGAAAAUGCUCAGGAAGGAUUUCCCCAAUGCUUUGAGCUUUGACUUGCUGAGGA